AUGACUGCUCCUCAAAAACAAUGGAUUCUCAAUGCAUUCGCCAUGCAUACACCAGGCCAUUUGAAUCCUGGUGCCUGGAAAUCCCCUGUAGAUCAGGGCUACCGCUAUAAGGACAUAAAAUUUUGGGUUGAUCUGGCCAAAAAGCUCGAAGAUGCAAAAUUUCACGCCAUUUUCUUUGCUGAUGUACUUGGUGGUUAUGACGUCUAUGGUGGACCAAAAAAUCUAGUUCCAACCUUGAAAGCGGCAGCUCAAUUGCCCGUUAAUGAUCCCUUAUAUGCUGUGUCGGCAAUGGCUGCUGCUACCGAAAAUAUUGCCUUUGGAGUUACUGCCAGUACUACUUAUGACAAACCAUAUUUACAUGCAAGAAGAUUUUCUACUGUUGACCACCUCUCUGGCGGCAGAGUUGGUUGGAAUAUCGUGACUUCGUAUCUGGAUUCUGCUGCCAGGAACCUUGAUCUGGAGACUCAAAUUCCACAUGAUGAGCGAUACUUAAUUGCUGAUGAGUUUCUGGAAGUCUCCUAUAAGCUCUGGAAUGGUUCUUGGCGAGACGAUGCUGUGGUCAAGACUAAUGGUAUAUUCACAGAUCCUGAUGGAGUCCGUGAGAUCAAUCAUAAAGGAAAGUACUUUAACGUCCCAGGACCACAUAUUUCCGAGCCAUCUCUACAAAGAACCCCACUCUUAUUCCAGGCAGGGACAUCCACUGCUGGCAAAAAAUUCGCUGCAAAGCAUGCUGAGGUAGUAUUUGUUGGUGGACUUGAUCCAGUUCUAGUGAGAAAAUCUGUUGACGAUUUGCGUAAACAAGUAGCUGAAUAUGGUAGGGACCCAAGGUCGAUAAAAAUCAUUGCUUCAUUCUCAGUCAUUAUUGGUGCAACAGAUGAAGAGGCGGAACAAAAGGAGAAAGAGCUUUUGAAAUACGCAGAUCUGGAUGGUGCCUUGGCUCUGUUUGGUGGUUGGACAGGCUACGAUUUAGCCACAUAUGCUGAUGACGAGGACUUCCGUUUCGUUAAAGAAGCAGCCAUUCAAAGCUUUGUGACCCAUUGGUCCAAAUAUGUUCCCGGUUCUGAAGGCAAAGUAUGGAAUAAAAGAACCAUUGCUGAGAGGAUUUCUAUUGGUGGGCUGGGCGGUGCUGCUAUUGGUGGACCGGAGAAAGUUGCCGAUGAAUUGGCCAGAUGGGCGGAGAUUGCUGACCUUGAUGGGUUCAAUUUGAGCUAUACGACAGUCCCUGGUAGUUUCGAUGACAUCAUUAAAUACCUAUUGCCAGAGCUCAGAAAACGUGGCCUCUUCUGGGAUGAUUACGCAGUACCAGGUGGCACUGCAAGAGAAAACUUCUAUGGAAUCAAAGGUCAGAGUUAUCUUCCAGACGAUCAUCCUGGAAGUAAGUAUCUCUGGAAGGCUGGUGAAGAACAACCAGAUUUAAACUCGGCAGACAACAUUAGUAAAUAG